UUAACAACAUUAACUGGACAAUCAAACUAUUUUUUAUUUAAAUAAUUUUUUAUAAAGAUGAUCUUCAAAUAAAUAAACUAAAAAAUAAAUUAUUCGAAUCAUGAUGCAAAUAUUGCGGGACGAAAAGGAAGGCAUCCCAAUCUCAAGUUCGUUAAGCUUUAGCCAUUACCAAGUCUUACAAAAAAAGAAAAAUAACAAAAAUAAAAUGCAACGAGGUGGAAUGUCGUCCGCUAUUACCUGUCCUGGCGCCAAGAAACGGUACUUCUCAACUGCUUUUCAAAAGCACUUGCAAAACUCGAAGCUUGUCCCUGCAUAUUACAAGAUGCAAAAGCCAUUUAAACAAUAUAUGACAUGCUUUCAAAACUACCCACCAACGUCCCGCCUCACCUGAGCCUGAGCCUUAGGCUCUUGAAAAUCUACUGUAAUUCCGGCGAUUUGCAAUGUGCACGCCGCCUGUUCGAUCAAAUUCCCGAACCAGACCUGCGUGCGUGGACCAUGCUCAUAUCAGGCUACACGCGACAUGGGUUCCUCAAGGAAUCCAUAAAUCUUUACGAUUCGCUCAGAGCUCGGCCAGUUGUGCCCGAUAAUCUUCUGCUUUUGUCAGUUGCUAAGGCGUGUGCUGCUCUUGGUGAUAUUAGAAAUGUUAAAGAGCUUCACGAUGAUGAUGUCGUGUCCUUGAAUGCACCUCUAACUGCGUAUUUUUCAAACAGAGAUAGCAAAAAGGGUGUAACUUUUACUGGCUAUAUCUAUGGCUCAGUGGCUGGGGACAAGGCUGCAGCGGGAUUUGUCUUAAGGAAUCAUAUUGGGCAACUCAUCGGCGGUGGAGCUUUUAAUAUUGACGGUGCCAGUAUUUCUAAAGUGGAGACUAGGGCUCUCAAAGAGGACCUUCUUUAUGCUUAGAGGAAGGGCUAUACAAAGAUUAUGGUAGGAGACUCUAAGUUGAUCAUUCAGUUAGUGUUGAACCGGGGUGCAAAGCCGUGGAAUCUGAUUCCUAUUAUUGAAGAUAUCAAGUGGAUGGCAACCAAAUUUGCUUGCAUUGAUUGGAAACAUAUUUUUAGAAAGGCUAACUUUGUGGCGAAUGCCUUCACUCACCAAGGCCUUCUUAUUACUGAUUGUCAUAUUUGGGAUCAUCCCGUAUUCCUUCAUUUGCUCUUCAUGCUCUUCAGUUUGAUUUUGUAGGGAACGGUUGUCCUCGGGAGUUUUCCCUUUACUAUAUUUUUUUCUUGCUUCCCAAAAAUAAAAAAUAAAUAAAAAAAAAGUGUAGCUUUAAUUUGUAGGAUGAGAAGGGUAGAUGUUAAAUUGAAUGGUGCUUCAUGGAAUGCUUUUAUUGGUGGGUGCUUGAAUAAUGGGCAGACCGAACAGGCGUUGACAAUGCUCAAAUAGAUAGUAGAGA